UUUGUACGACAAAUGUAAAUAUUUAUCCUGAAGUGUCCAAAGUUGCUCUUGUAUUUUAAAAUUACAAUAGCUGACUUGUCAUAUCAAAUUUGACAAUGUAAAUCGAUAUGUCAAUUGAUUGAAUUGUAUUGGACAAAAAUAUUUUCUACAGACGAUUGUUUUUGUUUGCGUAUUGCAAUAGUAACCUUAUGUACGACCGCUUUUUUUCAUAAAAUUUAUAAUUGUUUACUGACACAAGAUUUAUUUUGAAGCUAUUACUUAUUUACAAGAGAGAUAUAUCAAAUUUGCAUUACACACAAUGUCGACAAUGUCUACAUCAUCAUCUAUGGAUGAGCGUAUGUUGAAAGGAAUAAGAAAGGUGAUACCGAGUCUGAUCAACACCAAGUACAAAGGUCAGGAUGGCAGAAUUGGAAUAUUUGGUGGCAGUACUGAAUAUACAGGAGCACCAUACUUUGCGGCAAUGAGCGCAUUGAGAACUGGUGCUGAUCUUGUUCACAUUUUCUGUGCGAAGGAUGCCAGCAUUCCUAUUAAAUCAUUCAGCCCAGAGCCAAUAGUUCAUCCAGUAUUGGAUCAACACGAUGCAAUAAAGCAUAUAAAACCUUGGCUUGAUCGCCUACACGUUGUCCUAAUUGGGCCUGGACUUGGCAGAGAUGAAAAAAUAUUUAAAAUGAUUGUUGAAUUAAUAUCUGUUUGCCGUGAAAUGAGAAAACCACUAAUUAUUGAUGCGGAUGGAUUGUUCCUAGUUUGUCAGAAGCCAGAAAUCAUAAAAGAUUAUCCAGGAGUUAUUCUGACACCAAAUGCAAUGGAGUUUAGUCGGUUGGUUAAAGCAAUACUGGAAAAGUCUAUUCCACCUACUCCUCUAGUUAAAGUUUCUGAUGUCAAGCAUGUAGCAGAAGCUCUUGGGAAGAAUGUAAUAAUCCUGCAUAAAGGAGCAAAAGAUGUGAUCGUGGAUGGUCAUAAGGGUACAGAGACUGUAUCAUGUGGAUUGGCUGGUUCUGGAAGAAGAUGCGGUGGACAGGGAGACCUUUUGGCUGGCUCGUUGACUGUUUUUUGGUGGUGGGCUAUCUCUAUGGGAACUAGCGAAUGCGCUUUGUCACCUUCGAUCGUAGCGUGUUAUGCUGCGUCGAGAUUAGUUCGAGAAUGUAAUGCAUCAGCCUUCAAAUUACGACAAAGAGGAAUGUUGACGUCGGAUAUGCUGGAACAAAUACAGCCAGUUUUUAAUAAGAUCUUUGAGACUCAUUGCAACAAAACUUGCUCAUUUAAUGGAAGAGGUCGAAUUCAAAGUACUGAUUCGUGAAACAUAUACAUUCUCAUAACAUUAUAUAUAAUCUAUAAAGAAACUUUGAUUAAUAUAUUACAGAAAUUAGAAUAUGUACGUGGCUUCAAGAAAAUGUUUUAAACAAAUAUGCCUAUGUAUUAUAUGUAUUUUUAUAUGGGGUUUGGUACUUUUGGAGGGCUCAUAUAAAUAAAUAUUUUUAUAAAAUAA